GUGGAGUUUAAUCUCCGUUUCUCUGAUUCAAUCUCAGCAGGAGCGCAGUUACCGACAACAUUCAACACCUUUUUCAGGAGAUUAUUGUGUUAGAAACAUUCCACCGAGAUAUGCGCAAAAACGCGCAUCUUUUCCGGUGACGCAUGGACACUGCGCUUGAUGUACGCAACUGUCAACUCUUCCACUAGAUUAAAAACAGGCAGGGACUGUUUACAAACAGUAACCUUUUGUGAAUGAGGAUAUAAACAACAUGAUGAUCCUAUGGAUGUGGGUGUUAUGCAUCGCGGACCUGUCAGAUGCUGUGAUUGACUUGACAAUGAUAUCCACAGCAGAGGUCAUCCAAGUCAAUCACUUCUCCAUCUCAUGUGUUAACGGAGAGCGCAACCCUGCUCAUGUGGAACUGGACAUUAAAAGAGACAACAAAAUCCUCAUAUUCCCAAAGAUGCCAAACUUCAAAUUACAUAAACAAAGAAACAAGAAAAUUGUGGCCCGCGAGUUCAGAGAUUUAGAUAACAUUGGUAUAUUUUACUGUGAAUCCACGCAAGAAGUUCCUCCACUUGAGACCGUUACAAUGAUAAACAAUUUCGGCAGAGCUAACUUUAUCCCAAAUCACCUGACAAUAACUGCUAAUAAAGGAGAAACCGUACAUCUUAGCAUGGUGCUCCUGAGCUCCCAAAAGAGGGAUGUGACAUGGAAGUAUAAUGGAAAUUACUAUUACAUGACUCACUGGAACGACAUGGUCAACCGCACUGCUGUUCUGACAAUAGAGAAUGCAGCUUCUGCCAAUCAAGGCAUCUACAGUGCCAGCUACGUGGGGGACAGUCCUCUUAAUGGGGCCUGGAUGAGGCUCAUUGUCAGAGAUUGCCCAAAUAAGAAAUGGGGUGCUUACUGUGACAAGGACUGUCCAGAAUGCCUCAAUGGUGGCGUGUGUCAUGAUAAGGAUGGAGAUUGUAUCUGCCCUCCUGGAUUUAUGGGAACACGCUGUGAGACAGCCUGCAGAGAGGGAAUGUUUGGCCGAAAUUGCCAAGAAUCAUGCAGCUCUGAUGUGAACUGUAAGGGGUUACGCUUCUGCCUACCAGACCCUUACGGUUGUUCCUGUGGAAGCGGAUGGUAUGGGACUCGAUGUGAAAAGGCCUGCCAUAAUGACAUGUUUGGACCGGACUGCAGGCUGAACUGUAGAUGCCAGAAUGGAGGAGUGUGUAACCGCUUUAGUGGAUGUCAAUGUCCUACAGGAUGGAGGGGACAAAACUGUGAAAAAUCUGAUCGGGCCCCGGAGAUCUUAGACUUGGAUAGCAAUUUGGAAUGGAAUCUCAAUUCAAGCCCAAAGAUUUAUUGUUCAGCCACAGGCAAUCCUCUGCCCAGUCAUAACAGCAUUGAACUCCGAAAGAUGGACAGCACCGUGCUCAAAGCAUCACACACUGUCAUGGAUUCUAAUAAAAGUAUAGCCAUGUUUGAGAUCCCACGUCUGAGUGCUGAACAUGGCGGAUUGUGGGAAUGCAGAGUUUCUACUAUUGGAGGCCAGGAUUCCCGUAAAUUUAAUCUCACGAUCAAAGAACCACCGGUGCCCAUGACUGCUCCCAUACUGCUAGAAAAGAGAAGUAAACAGCUGCUUGUAAUGCCAAUGGACUGCCACAAAGGAGACGGGCCCAUUAUCUCUACCACACUCCUCUACAAGCCUGUAGAGAAUAAAGAUUCCUGGUCGUCCAUAAUUGUGUACAGUGACAAAGAGCCCAUCACACUGAUGAACCUGGAGCCUUCAACACGCUAUCGUGUACGGGUCCAGCUAACUCGUCCUGGUGCAGGAGGAGAGGGGACCCCGGGGCCAGAGGCCAUCAUGGAGACUGAUUGUCCUGAGCCCACAGUUCAGCCUGAGAUUGACAUCAGCUUGGUGGAAGGUCAUAAUGUCACUGUGCAAUGGCAAAUGCCCAGCAGCAGUGGCAUUAAUGUCGACUCAGCCAGUGGCUUUUUAGUGCAGCUCUUCGGGCCGCCGCCACACAAUGAGAAACUCCUGGAGGAGACAACCGUGUUAAAUGUUCUGUCCAAAAAUUUCUACAACAUGGAGUAUCAACAAGACUACACGGUGGUGGUGCGCCUCAUCAACUGUGGCAGCCAGGGGCCACCUUCAAAACCCUACCACAUCCACAUCAACAGCCAGGGCCCGUCACCACCGCGUAAUGUCCAGGCCCUGUCUCUGUCCCUGUCAGCAAUCCAGUUAAAGUGGCAGCCCCCUGAGGAUGUAAAUGGUGGCAUCAUGAAGUAUGUCAUUGAAUACCAGCCAGUGGGCCAGGGAAGUCCGAACCUUUGGCUGGACACAGAUGACGGGAACAAGACCACGAAAGAUGUUACUGCACUCAACGGCAGUACACUCUACCAGUUCAGAGUGAGAGCUUUUUCCAAGGUGCCAGGAGAGUGGAGCAAGUUUGUUCAAGCCAUUACACAAGGGGAUGGCCUGGAAAGUUUAACACCGACCACCCAGGGUGUUGCUCGGAGAUCUUCAGGGGACAACUACCAGCUGUUGGUAGCCGUGGUAGCCUCAGUGACAGUCACAUGUGUGACCAUCCUUCUGGCACUGCUUGCAUUUUUCUUCAUCCGCAAAACUCUACUCAACCGACGUCGUACAUUCACUUACCAAUCUGGAUCAGGUGAGGAGACAAUUCUACAGUUCAACUCGGGAACUCUGACGUUGACCCGAAGGCCUAAGCCUACCCCAGAGCCUCUUACUUAUCCAAUCCUGGAAUGGGAAGACAUUAAGUUUGAGGAUGUCAUCGGUGAGGGCAACUUUGGACAGGUGAUCAAAGCCAUGAUAAAGAAGGAUGGCAACAAGAUGAGCGCAGCCAUAAAAAUGCUGAAAGAGUUUGCUUCAGAAAAUGACCACCGAGACUUUGCAGGGGAGCUGGAAGUGUUGUGUAAAUUAGGCCAACAUCCCAACAUCAUCAACUUGAUUGGCGCUUGUGAGAACAGAGGUUACCUGUAUAUUGCCAUAGAGUAUGCUCCCUAUGGCAACCUUCUUGACUUUUUAAGAAAGAGUCGUGUCUUGGAGACUGACCCUGCCUUUGCCAAGGAGCAUGGCACAGCCUCUACGCUCACCUCCCAGCAGUUACUGCAGUUUUCUGUUGAUGUGGCGACAGGGAUGCACUACCUCAGUGACAAACAGUUUAUUCACAGAGAUUUGGCUGCCAGAAAUGUUCUUGUUGGAGACAACCUGGUUGCAAAGAUAGCAGACUUUGGUCUUUCCCGUGGUGAGGAGGUUUAUGUUAAGAAGACAAUGGGAAGGUUACCUGUUCGCUGGAUGGCGAUUGAGUCCCUCAACUAUAGUGUGUAUACAACCAAAAGUGAUGUGUGGUCAUUCGGAAUUCUGCUGUGGGAGAUUGUAAGCCUUGGUGGCACGCCAUAUUGUGGUAUGACAUGUGCUGAACUUUAUGAGAAACUGCCACAAGGCUACAGGAUGGAGAAGCCCAAAAAUUGUGAUAAUGAAGUGUAUGAGCUGAUGAAACAGUGUUGGAGGGAUCGGCCUUAUGAAAGACCCCCUUUCUCCCAAGUCUCGGUGCAGCUCAAUAGGAUGCAGGAGGCCAGGAAGGCGUAUGUGAACAUGGCGCUUUUCGAGAACUUUACUUACGCUGGAAUAGACGCCACUGCAGAGGAAGCCUGACUACCAGCCCCCCCAGGCCCUGGCAUGCCACAUAACCUCAAAAGGAAGCCCAAAAGAUUGUCCCCACGUUACUGCCACCUCCCCGCUGUUUACCGCAGAGACAGGAGGACCAGGCGCUCAUUCAAAACCACCCAACUAUAGAUGGAGGACUGUGAAAGGACACUGUGUGAACCUACCUGAUUCAUUAGCAGAUGUGCAGAGUGUCCUCAGAUGAAGGAAAUCACAACAAACAGAAUUGAGCAGAGGAAAAUCAUCGGGUUUCUUGUUAUUUGAGUUAUUUGGCUUGCUGUUACACCACAGGGUCUGUGGGGUGCUUAUGCUGACUGUUGGGAGCACAUACAAUGUAGCACUUAACACCAACAUUUAUAUUACACUUUGUGGACUCUAUUAUCAUAGAUAGAGAGAGACUUUACAGGUGGAUCCUGAUUUUCGUGCAAGUGCAAGGCUCAGUAUGCGCCAAGAUGAGCCUUUUGGUGCGGAAGAGAAAUUGCCCUGGAAGAUGCGCUAUUCGGAGUAAAAUUUGGAGACAAAUAAUCUAAACUUACCCCUGCUCAGACUGCGUCUAAAGUAUUGGUGUAAUAGAUCGAUGGCUGAUCUAACACAAAUUUGAAAUGUUUUUAUUUGGCAUAAGCAUACUAAUCUUGAGCUCAACUGACAUAGUUGAGUCGCUAGUGUUAAAACUAAUUAUGCAUUUGAUAAGGGUACCCUCUCAUGUUGUCUAUUGUCAUACAAUGGGCAGAGCAAUGACAAUGCUCCAUGCAAGUGAUUACUGCGAUUACGCAUUGGUCCUCUUACACAGAGAGAAUGGUACCAAGUUUCCAUGGGAGACUGUGAGCCUGCCAUAUUUAAAUGGAAUAAGAGGAGCCGCUUUGAUUGAAUGUGAGUGAAGUUGGCUGUAAACAUCUCCACAGUGACAACCGCCACCCCCAAUCUGACUUGUGGUCGUUGUCAGUGAAAUUACAACCAACUGUGUAACAGGGAGUCGCGCCAAUUGUCGCCACUCAGGAUUUACGCCGUUCACAAAAAUAGUGCCCUAUGCAUAAUCACUGCCAUGUGAACUACUGUAUAGUAUACUGUAUAUAAUAUUAUUUUGAUAUGAAAACUUCCUAUAGCCUAAAUGUUAUGAUUUAGGACGUGCACUAACUUUUGUAUCAAUGUUAAAGGUCAUAACAUUUUUUUAAACGAAUAUUUUUCAGUGUUUUUGAUCUUUUUUUUUUUCUCAAUAAAUUGUAUUUUAGGGUUAGAACCCUCCACACCUUUUAAGUGUUUUUGUUCAUCCAUAAACCUAGCUUUUGUGUUGUUGUAUUUGUAAUUUGCUCCUUUGCGUAAUGCAACACAUCUUUUUACCUCUAUCUCGCUCUUUGAGAUAUGUACAUCGGCUGCCUUUUGAUACAUAAACCACUAUAAAUAUCUUAUUUAGUUAUGUUUUUCCAUAAUGUCUUUAUGUUCUACCUAUAGAGUAUUUGUUUUAGUUUCUCUCCAUCUUUUUUGGAUCUGCUAUGCAACCCUAGUCCUAUCAAAUUAAAGUACGUAGUAGUUUAGUAUGUAGUAGUAUUGUUAUAGUACUGUAUGAGAUUAUUUUUUGCUUUUUUUUUUUUUUUUUUUAACCCAAACAUUAAGAGCAACGAUUACAGCAACUGGGGCCAAGAGUUCUAAUCUUCUCUAAAGCCCAAGAUGAUGUGACAUUUGGUUUCCUUUCUUCAUAAACAAACUACAAUGUCGGAAAUGUCUGUCAGGCAUGGCCUUCCGAUACCUUCCCUAAAGACUACUGCUCAGCUAGAAGAAGGGAACAAUAAUGUUAAUUUUUUACAAAUUGCACUCCUGUGCAAAGAUGGUUUUAUGGUCGCAAAGAAGUAUAUUUUUCCAUUUAGCAAACAAGCAGAGUGUGGAAAAAGUUGAAUUGAAAAGUGGAUUCCCAAGAAACGGCAGACCAUGGGUUUCCAACUGUCCAUCACCAGCCUUUAGUCAGAUUGAAUGUGAUAAAGUUAAGAUUUCGAGACUGCAUUAAAAUUCCUUGUGGGAAAAUGGUCAACACAAAAAGACUAUGGCACCAAGUAACACAGCCAUUUUUCACAAGACAUCCAUUUUGAUGCUUUUUCAAGGGCCACUGUUAGGAUUUGUUUGUUUCCUCUUAGUGUGGCUUAUCCCCGUGGCUACCCAUUGAUUUCAUCUGAUGUGCCUGCUCCUUGUGUGUCCACCAACCUGUUUCCUCUUGUGUCACCCAUCUGUGCCUCAUUGUCCCGUUAGCCCUUGUCUGUGUAUAUAAAUUCCCUGUUGUUGUUAAGUGCAUUGUCCAUGUCAGCGUUUGAGUCCCUCGUGUUCCUGUGCCCUCGUCCUCCCGUGUUUACGCUCCCUAAGUUUUUGAUACCCAUCAUUUUGUUAGUACCCCGAGUUUUGUUUGCCUCUGUGUUUUUGGAUUUCUGCAGUCUUUGGUUUGUACUUUGUUUGUUGGCUUUGAUUAAACCAAGCCUAUCUGUCUUGUCUCCAUUUCCCUUCAUUUGGGUCCACACCACCCGCCCGCCCGAG